AUGCACAGCUUCAGAGGUGCUUUGAUUCUGGGAGCACUGCCAUAUCUCGCCACAUCCAUCGCAAUUGAAGGGCGGCAGUCUCAAGACACCAGCAUCUCGAAUGGCGCGCCUGUAGUAAGCCUGACAAACGGGACUUAUAAUGGUCGUUACAGCGCCGAGUAUGACCAGGACUUCUUCCUGGGGAUACCUUUCGCACAACCUCCGGUUGGUUCGCUUCGCUUUGUCGCGCCUCAACCUUUGAACUCGACCUUUGAUACCCGCAACGCCACCGAGUACGGUCCCGAGUGCAUCGGAUACGGGUUCGAUCAGUGGAUCUUAGGCAACUAUAUAAGUGAAGAUUGCCUUACUCUUAACGUUGUGCGUCCGGAGGGUACAGUUGAAGGCGACGACCUUCCAGUGGCAGUCUGGAUCCAUGGCGGUACCUUUAAAGUUGGUGGUGGUUUCGAUCCCCGCUACAAUCUCUCUUUCAUUGUGGAACAAUCCGUGAAGCAGGGCACGCCAAUGAUAGCCGUGAGCAUCCAGUACCGUCUGUCCAAUUGGGGCUGGAUGUUCAGUCAAGAAUUGUCAGAUGCUGGAGCUGGAAACCUGGGCCUUAGAGACCAAAGACUCGCAUUGCAGUGGGUACAGGAAAACAUUGGUGCAUUUGGCGGCAGUAGGUCCAAGGUGACGGUCUGGGGAGAGUCAGCGGGUGCUUUCUCCAUUGGGUACCAUCUUAUGGCCUACGGCGGAAGGGAUGAUGGCUUGUUCAGCCAGGCCAUCCUGCAAAGCGGUUCUUCGGCGGCUGUGAAACUCACCAAUGCGUCGCAAUGGCAACCAUACUUUGAUGCCGUCGUCAAAGAUGUCGGCUGUAACAAGACAGCAUCAGUACUCGGUUGCUUACGCGAGCUCCCGUGGGAAACAUUGAACAACGUAUUCAACUCCACCACCUUUCCCUUUGCUAUACCAGGUAUUGGUGCGCAUAUCGAUGGGGAUGUGAUAUCUGACCAAGGUCAUACACCGCUACGUACCGGAAACUUCGUCAAGGUACCCAUGCUUAUGGGAAUCAACACAGAUGAAGGAGCCUCAUUUGCAACACAGGGCAUUAAUACCGAAGAUCAAUUUGUCAGUUUCAUCCGCGGUACAGGCGUCAACUCCACCAUCGCGAAUGAAACCGCUAGACUUUACCCAGAUGUACCUGAUCUUGGUCUGCCAGCGACGCUUAAGGGGCGACCUGAGGCUUCUCCUUGGGGCCUGCAAUGGAAGAGGAUGGUCGCAUUUUACGGCGACGUUCUCUUCCACUCCGGCCGACGCUUGAUGGCCGACGCUUGCGCCCGCGCAGGAUUACCCGUUUAUUCGUACCGCUUCAAUGUGCUUGUGAAUGGGAAUCUAGCCCAGCAAGGGGCAAACCACUUCAAAGACGUAGGAUUUGUUUUCCACAAUACGCGUGGCGAUGGCUAUGGCUUCCCAGGCGGCUUGGCCAACCCAUUUGGUGGCAAGGGCCCCGAGUACUAUGAGUUGUCCGACAUCAUGAGUGGAUUGUGGAUAGCAUUUAUAACAAGCGGCAACCCGAAUAACUACAAAUUUAACUCUCCAUGUCUCAAAUGGCCCUUAUAUGAGCUGGAGAGUCCUAAAAAUUUGGUGUUUGAUGUAAAUGUAACCAAUUUGCUGUAUCAGGAGCGCGAUGAUUAUAGACAGCGCGAGAUCUCGUAUAUAAAUGACGUGUGGCAUCCGUGA